UCCAGUUUGUUUGGAACCAAUGCUUCUAGAGUUCUAGUUACGCUGUUACAGAGAUAAGGAUUGGUAAUGGAUAUCGGAAACUGUGUUAGGGUGCAUAUUAGAGUCUUAGAGGAGAUUAAUCUAGCUAUGAAACACAGUAAAGCCUCACUCAAAUCAAACCUCACAGUAAAAUUCUGACUUUCUGAUAUUUAAAUUCACAUUUUUCAGACUCCAAACUCUCUUUUAUUUGGCUUUUGCAGAUCUUACAUGCUUGAAUUGGAGACCUUGUUAUUGCAGUUUCUUCUUUCCUGUUUUUGAUUGCCUUUUGUUUGGAUUUGGUGGUUCUUCAAUGGCCUCCAGCUGCUCCCAAGUAGCAUGUGCAUCUCCUCCUUCAUCAGAUCAGUAUUGGAAGUAUGAUGUGUUCUUGAGUUUCAGGGGUCCUGACACUCGCAAAGGGAUCACAGUUGAGAUAUACGAUCGGCUUAAUAGGAGAGGAGUCAGAACUUUCAUGGAUGAUCGGGUUCUUGAAGUAGGACAUUCUAUUUCUCCCACUCUCAUGUCAGCAAUUGAAGAAUCAAGCUUUGCGAUCAUUAUUCUCUCGCGAAAUUAUGCUUCUUCUACUUGGUGCUUGGAGGAGCUUACAAAGAUCUGUGAGUGCAUGGAAGAUCAGAACAGAAUAUUGCCACUUUUUUAUCAUGUUGAACCUACUGAUGUUCGAUAUCAGAAGAAAAGUUUUGAAGAAGCUUUCUGUAGGCUUGAAACCUCUGGACGAUAUGAAUCACAGAAGUUGGAUAAAUGGAGAGAUGUUUUAAACAAAGUGGCUACUUUCUCUGGGUGGAAUACAAAUGAUCAUGAGACUCACAAAGCCCUUGUUGACGUCAUUGUGGAAGUUCUCCUCAGAAAGGUAGUACCUGAGGCAAUUGAGACAACAGGAGAUUUUCAAGUAUUUGAAGCAACAAGACAAGCCAUGAAUGACAUUAUGAAAGCCCUCAAAGAAGACGAGGUCACCGCCGUUGGCGUCUACGGUAUGGGAGGAGUCGGGAAGACAACCCUGGUGGAACACGUCGGUACAAAAGUCCGAUAUGGUGGAGUUUUUGAUUAUGUGAUUAAGGGUGUCAUAUCCCAAAAUAUUGAUUUCGAAGAACUUCAACAUGCGUUGGCAGAGCAGCUGGGUUUCGAAUUACAUGAGAAGACAGAAAUAGGAAGAGCAGCUAGAUUGUGUAAGGAGAUAAAGAGAAAGGAAAGGAUCCUUAUCAUUCUGGAUGACAUUUGGGAGCGAAUGGAGUUAUCAAAAAUAGGAAUUCCAAGCCACAAGGAACUUCAAAAGUGCAAUUCCAAAAUCCUACUCACCACAAGGAUCAGGAACGUCUGUCAGGCUAUGGGGUGCCAAAGAAAGAUCGCCCUCAACGUUCUCUCAGAACAAGAUUCAUGGGCCUUGUUUCUAAGAAGAGCAGGAAGGUCUUUCGAAUCGCGUACUUUUGAGGAUGUGGCAAAGAAGAUAGCCGGAGAAUGCAAAGGUCUGCCGAUUGCUUUGGUAGCUGUUGCGAGGGCACUCGGAGAUAAAGAGCUUGUGGAAUGGAAGAGAGCAAGUCAACAACUAGAGAAGUCGCAACCAGCCAACCCUGAUGAUAAGGACGAAGCAUUCAAAUGUAUAAAAUUCAGCUACGAUUACUUGAAAAAUGUGGAGUUCAAGUCAUACUUCUUGUUGUGUUGCUUAUUCCCAGAAGACUAUGACAUCCCGAUGGAAGUUUUGUGCAAGUAUGCGAUCGGGAAAGGGUUGUUUCAAGAUGCUGAAACACUCGAAGAAGCCAGAGAAACAGCCGAGUCUGUGGCAAGACACCUUAAAUAUUCUGGCUUGCUUUUGGUUGAUUGCAACGAUGAGUUUGUAAGGAUGCAUGAUGUUGUUCGCGAUGCAGCCGUUCGAAUUGCCCAACAUGAAAACGGGUUUUUGGUGAAACCUGGCUGCCGUCUAGAGGAUUGGCCACGUAAAUUACAUGAAGGCUGCUCUACAAUCUCGCUCAUGAGGAAUUAUAUUUGCCAGCUACCCAAAAAGUUGGUAUGUCCUAAACUCCAAAUUUUGUUACUAAACAGGAACUUCUUUCUAGAAGAGAUCCCAGAAUCAUUUUUUCAGAGUACAAAUGAAUUAACAGUCUUGGAUCUUAGCUUCACUAGCUUGUCAUUACUACCCCAAUCAUUUAGUCUCCUAACCAACCUCCACUCUUUGUAUUUAGAUAAGUGUGACAAUCUCAUGAUUGACACUUCCAUACUAGGAGAACUGAAAAACCUUGAGAUUCUUAGUAUGAGAGAUUCAGGUUUGAAAGAGUUGUGUACAGAAAUAGGAGGUUUGACCAAUCUAAGGUUGUUAGAUAUCACUAGUCCAUAUAUUGGUAGAAUUCCAUCCAACGUAAUAUCAAAGUUGCAUAAUUUGGAAGAACUGUGCAUGCAAGGAUUUAGGGAGUGGGGGAGUAGAGUUGAGGGGGAAGGAGAAGAAACCAAUGCUGGUUUUGAUGUGGUAACUAGUUUGUCAAAAGUUAGAGUUUUGAGAGUUAGUAUCCAAGAUGUGGAAUGUCUCCCUAAAUUUGUUGAGUUCUAUCCGAAAUGGGCUGAGUUUGAUAUACGUAUCGGUCGUAAUUACGAGCCUUACGACCCGAACGAGAUGAAGCUCUAUAAUAAAAAAAACUGUGAUCGAGUUAACUCAAUACUCUUGGAGGUUGGCGUUAUCAGUCGCCUACCGAACUGGUUUUGGGUCGAGAUAAUGAAGCUAGCAGAGAGGCUAUGCUUGGAUGGGUGCCGCGAAAGGCUAAUUGACAUAGUUGUGGAAUCUGAGUAUGGGAGAUUACAGGGACUGAAGCAGCUCCAUAUACAGGGUCCCAGGGAAAUUAUGGGUUGCAAGAAAAGAAUGGCAUGGGUUCCAAGAAAACCAGUGUUCGAGAAUUUGGAAGUGUUGAAACUGUUGCGGCUGGAUUGCACGGGGUUAUGUGCCGUUGAAUUAGCUCCUGGGUCUCUUUACAAUUUGAAGUCACUAGGGGUAGAAGCUUGUUACAACUGGGGGAGUAUACUUUUACCAUCAAAAUUGUUACAAAGACUCAUAAAUCUGGAAAAACUACGAUGUAGGGACAUGGAGAAUAUUGAAUAUGUGUUUGGUUCUGAAGCGUUGCUUGUGUCAAAACAAACUAUAUUGAGGAAGAUGAAAUUGGAGAGUCUACCUAGAGUAGUGAGCUUAUGUGAUGGACCUGCUCCACCUGCAACGUUCCAGAAUCUUCAAAGUUUGUCCAUUCAGAGGUUCCACCAGCUGCAGGGAAGUCUCUUUGCCUAUGAUGUUGCUCAAUGUCUUUCUCAGUUGAAUUUGGUAUAUCUACACGAUUGCCCCUUAUUGGAAAGAAUUGUUGAAGCAAGCAACAAGAACAUCAUCCUUCCAAACCUGAAGAAAAUAACUUUGAAUGAACUUCCAAUGUUGUACUAUGAAAGUGCUACUUUGGAUAUCGAGUGUCCUUCAUUGGAAAACUUGCGUGUGUUGGACUGCCCCAAGUUUUCAGCCUCUCCCUCUGACUUCCACAGCAAGAACAACGUCCAUUUCUUUCAGGCUUUCAGCAGUAGAGAUCAUCGUGGCUACGUACGGUUAAGAAGCAACUCGCAUACAAGGAACAUACUAACAUAGAAGAUCAUCCCUCAAUGGUGAAGAAGGGGAUUUCUCAUUUGAUGCUGAAGCUGCAGUCACCUCUAUCCAUUGAUUUCAUCCUAUCGUGACUCAUCAUUUAUAGAUUAAACAUUAUGGUUUCUGUACGUGUAUCUUGUUCCGAAUCCUAUUUUCUUUCAA